AUGUCCGAUGCUCGUACAACAACCCUAAUGGAAACGUGGUUCAUUCCCGCUCUCGUGGCCGCCAUCGUGGCGGCACGCCUGCUAUUCUCCUUUUAUUCGUCAUGGCAGCAUGCACACAUGGCUCGCAGCUUAAACUGCCAAGAGGCUCCGUUAUACCCGUCUCGGGAUCCGUUUGGCAUCGCGACCCUCCUCGAAACAUUACAAGCGGAUCGAGAGAAGAUUCUUCCCAAGCUAUCACAGAAACGUAUCGAUGUAAUUUCCAGUCAGCAAAACAGAUAUGUUUCUACCUUCCGCGUGCGCCAGGCGGGCCGAGAGAACUUCUUCACCGUCGAUCCCAAGAACAUUCAAGCCAUGUUGGCGACUCAAUUCAAUGACUUUUUCUUGGGUGAUAUGCGCCGCAACGCAGGGGCGCCUGUGAUGAGUCGUGGAAUUUUUGUCUCUGAUGGUGCCGAUUGGUCCCACUCAAGAUCACUAAUACGACCUCAGUUUACGCGAACGCAAAUCAAUAACCUUGAGUUGGAAGAACGCCAUGUUCAGAAUGCCCUGCAAGCUAUGCCGACGCAACCACACGGUUGGACGUCUGACAUCGAUAUCCAGACCAUCUUCUUCCGUCUUACACUUGAUUCCGCCACAGAAUUCCUCUUCGGCAAAAGUUGCAAUAGCCAAGUGACUGCUCUUGGACAGGAUGCUGGCGAAAUGCCAGAUAGCUUUCUUAACAGCUUUGACCGUUGUGCAUGGUACCUAGCUGCGAGACUCCGAUUUGAGCGCCUAUAUUGGAUAGUCAACAACAAGGAGUUUCGUGAAUGCACCCGAGUAGUGCACGACCUCGUUGAUGGAUAUGUCCAGUCGGCUUUACAGAGAGCACAGCAAACGGAAAAGCCGGCAGACCUAGAAGGCCGGUCACAUUAUGUCUUUGUGGACGCUCUCACCGAAAGAACAAGGGACCCCAUCGAGCUCCGAGACGAGUGUCUGAAUGUCCUGCUAGCAGGACGUGAUACAACUGCGUCACUGCUGAGCUGGAAUAUCCUUCUCCUCGCCCGUCACCCAAACAUUUUCCAGCGACUCCGCAAGGAAAUCAUCGAACAAUUCGGGACCUACAGCGAGCCGCGCGAUAUCGACUUUUCGUCCCUAAAGUCAUGCCAGUACCUUCAACACUUCAUCAAUGAGACUUUACGUCUCCAUCCUGUCGUUCCCUUCAACCGCCGCUGUGCUAACAAGGACACUACAUUACCUACUGGAGGUGGCAAGGAUGGCAAGUCGCCGAUUUAUCUCCAAAAAGGCCAACCAGUCCUUUAUAGCAGUUAUGUCCUACAACGCCGCAAGGAUAUCUGGGGUGAAGAUGCCGAGGAGUUCAAUCCGGACCGAUGGUUUGGUCGCAAGGCAAUCUGGGAGCACAUCCCGUUCAGCGGCGGACCGAGAACUUGCAUCGGUCAGCAGUUCGCCCUCACCAAUACGAGUUAUGUGUUGGUGCGCCUAUUGCAGCGUUUUGACUCCAUCGAAGAUGUCUAUCCUGAUCGCCCGAUCCGGUACGGGGUUACCCUCACCAGCUGUCCAGCUGAUCGGGUGACUGUUAGGAUGCACCAAGCUGAGCUAUAG